AUGACUGUUGACAUACCAAUUCAAGUUUUUACGGACGUCCCGGGCGACCUUGUCCACAUCCUUCAGGCCCGUUUACCGCGGUCUAUCACGCUCCUCCGCCGUCUUCAGUUUACAAAGUUUCCCAGCGGCAAGACGGAGCACACCCGCAUCAUCGUCGCAUCAGAUCCACCGCUCACUUCUAAAAUCGUAGACUGGUCAUCGUGGCAAAAUGGCAACUUCACGGCAGCCUACUUGGACCCUUCACGCGGCCACGAGACAAACAUGUGGCUUUACUCGACCUUCGAGGAUUUUCACGGCGCCGACUGUAACAUUCCGCCACUUUCAGAGGAAGAAACGACCCUCUGCAGCCGGCAGAUCAUAGCAGUGCUCAACGAGGCAAAGCGCCAGGGGAGGUUAUACCCGCACCAGCCGCUGGCUAACCCCAAAUAUAUCCUUGUUGCCUCACUUCAUGACGCGGUGAAAGCCGCCGCUGCGCGGAAUGGUGUGCAGUUUGAGUCGACCCAAGAACCUGGAUAUGAUAAGUUUAUUUUCAAGAUUGAUCAGCUGCCUGAGGGGGAGGAACUUGAAUUGCCUCAAGGGUUGGUCUGGAGGAAAGGGACGUUGGGGGACUGCGAAAUUGUCAAGUCAAAGACGAACAUUCCUCGGAGCGUGAAACUUCUUACAACGCUGAAGAGCAUGUUCAUUAAGCUUGAAGAUGGAACGCCAGUUGCUUGGGGGUUCUUAGGCCCUGAUGGCUCAUUCAGUAGCGUUCAUUGCGAGGAAUCGUUCCGUCGUCGAGGGCUUGCGAGAAAGGUUGGCGCCAAGCUCAUGCGCGAAAUGACGUCUGCAUAUGGCGAUGACAACUAUUCGUCCGCCGAUGUGACACCGUGUAAUACAAGCAGCCAAGCCAUGUGCAAGAGCCUUAAUGGCAAGGUAGAAUGGUCAUCGCAGUGGUGA